AUGACUCCUGCCCUAGGAACAGGUCCUACCACGCUGGCCUAUUCGCUCCAAACGAUCAGUCCACUCCAUCAACAGCAACAAUGCAAGAAAGUCAAUAGGAAACGAACCAUCAAGGUUAAAGCUGAACAACGUGGUACAUUGUGUGAUGUACCUGUUUGUUUAAUCGGUUAUGGUCCGGACGGCGAGCUGAUUACAUGGCCGGAAAACAGACCGGAAGUGAAAGAGUUGGUACCUAAAUAUAAGAAGAGUACUAGCAAUAGUGAGAAACGCAAUGAGUAUGAUCUUGAAUCUUUCUUGAAGACGAAGAAGAAAACUCUUGGACAAGACAAUGGCAGAAUUGCCGGAGACAGGUGGCCUACUUCGGACAAGAGGCUUGAUGGAUUGGGGAAUUUUGAUUUGGUGGAUUUAAUGGUUCAGUUGGAUUCUAAACUGCAGAGUUUGACACAAAGAAGAGAUCACUUGAUUAAAAGUACUGCUGUUCCAUUGAAUUUUAUGUUCGCAAAACCAGAUAGAGAGUGA